CGUCGCGUUUUGAUUGACAUGGCGGAGUCUCCCAGUCCGAGUCGCGCCGCGCCAGCAGACAGGCAAAGGAUCCGAGCCUGGGAAUAAAAAAGACGCAGCUACGUCUGUUUUUCAAGAUUCUUUUAUUACAGCGAGGUAGGGCAGUUCAGUGAAUUUCUCCAUGAAUGUACGUCACAAUGAUGAUGACAGACCAGAUUCCGCUGGACUUGGCUCCGCCCCCUCUCCUGAACCCGGAGGUCCCACUGAUUCCUCACAUGGUUAACGGAGACGCGGCACAGCAGGUGAUUUUGGUGCAAGUGAACCCUGGGGAGACGUUCACCAUCCGGGCAGAAGACGGCUCGCUACAAUGCAUCCAAGGUCCUGCAGAGGUUCCCAUGAUGUCUCCCAAUGGCUCCAUUCCCCCCAUCCAUGUACCCCCAGGAUACAUCUCACAGGUUUUGGAAGACACCACGGGGGUCCGGCGGGUGGUGGUAACCCCUCAGUCUCCAGAGUGCUACCCCCCCUCCUACUCUCCAGCCCUGUCCCCCACACAUCACCUGCCCCCCUACCUGACCCACCCGCACUUCAUCCCCAACUCCCACUCCUUCUACCCCCCUGUGAGCCCCGGAGACAUACCCCCACAGUACUACCAGCACCACCUGCCCCCCAUGUACACCGACCAAGAAAUCAUCCCUGUUUAUGGCAUGUCCAACUACAUCAGCAGCAGAGAGGAGACGUACACGAAGCCACAGCCCAAAAAGAUCAAUGAAAAGAGACAAAACCGACUCAACUCUCCUCCCUCCACUCACUACAAGAACAGCCUGGGCCCACAACCCAAUGGAUACAGCAGCAAGUCCCACGCUCCGUCACUGGGGUCGGUGGGGUCAGGGGGCGGAGUCAGUCCAGGAGGGAAGAAGCCAGAGCGGCGACUCCGGAGCAGCCCCCGAAACAGUGAACCAGAGACGCACACAACAGAUAAUGACCUGGACGGGAAACGAGUUCAAGACAUGCUGUCCGCAAUCGAUAAACCACAGGUGUCAAAUGUCCAGGCGCGGGCAGCUCGGUUGUCUUGGGCGCCCCCUGCAGGGCUGGUGAACAGGCUCAGUAAUGGAGCUCCUGUGUCCUGCUCCUACGAAGUCUCUCUGUCGGAUAAAGGACGAGACGGAAAAUACAGACUCAUAUACAGUGGAGAAGAGUUGGAGUACCAUCUUAAAGACCUAAGGCCAGCGACGGACUACCACGUACGGGUUUCUGCAAUGUACAACUCCCUCCGAGGUUCAUGUUCGGAGGCAGGGUCUUUCACCACACACUGCAGUGUCCCAGACGUCCCCCUUCCCCCCAAACUGUCCCAUCGAACCAAGAGCACGCUCACCCUACAGUGGAAGGCCCCAGGCGACAACGGAUCCAAAAUCACAAACUACCUUCUGGAGUGGGAUGAGGGAAAGAAGAACAGUGUUUUCAGCGAAUUUUACUACGGGAGCCAGAGACACUGUAAACUGACGCGGCUCUUCCCGGCUUGUGGCUACACCUUCAGAGUGGCCGCACACAACGAUAUCGGCCCAAGUGGCUUCAGCACAGAGGUAGUGUACUACACGAUGGGCACAUUGCCAGCUCUGCCCUUGGCUCCCAGGCUCGUGCGGGCCGGGGUGUCCUGGGUCACUCUGGAGUGGGGUAAACCGGAAGGCAAUCCCACCGAAGAACAGCUCAAAUACACACUUGAGAUCCAGGAGGACAACAGCGGAACAGACUUUCAUCCAAAGUACACUGGAGAUAACUUGACCUGUACUGUACAAGGCCUGAAGAGAAGUACGCAGUAUAAAUUCAGGCUCAUAGCAUCAAAUACGGAGGGGAAGAGCAGUCCCAGUGAAGUCCUGGUGUGCACCACAAACCCAGACAAACCAGGUCCUCCUUCUACACCGUGCGUCACCGCAGCAACGCCUUAUGGAUUCACCGUUACAUGGGAUCCCCCACAGGACAAUGGCGGCUCCGAAGCUCUCACGUACCUGCUUGAGAUUUCAGAAGGAUGCUCCGAAGCAAGCCCGUGGGAUGUGGCCUACAGUGGACCAGCUACGGAGUGCGUGUGCAAGCGCCUAACCCCCGGAACAGUGUACCGCCUACGGGUGUGCAGUAUCACCACCGGGGGGCACAGUCAGUGUGCUGUGAGUGUACCUGUCCGUACGUUAUGUGUCCCGCCUGGGCCCUGUGUGCCGCCGAGGAUUGUGGGAAAAGCCAAACACAAGGAAGUGCAGUUAGAAUGGGACUCUCCCGCAACAGAGGGAGUGUGUGAGCAGUGCAUCUUCAGUUUGGAGAUGAGCGAAGGAGACAGUGAACCCGCAGAAGUGUACAAUGGCGCAGAGCUGCAAUGCACAGUGGGUAGUUUGCUACCAGGUGCAACGUACAACUUCCGGGUGCGGGCUGCCAACGAGGCUGGGUUUGGAGCAUACUCAGAACCAACAGAGGUAACGACUGCAGCAGGACCUCCAGGCCAGUGUGGGGUGCCGGUCAUCACUUUGAGCAGUAAUACCUCUGUAACGCUUAACUGGGAGAGUCCGGAGGGAUCGGGCAGUGACAUUUCGGAGUAUCGUUUGGAGUGGGCGCGAGAGGACGAGCCCAUGGAGCUCAUCUACUGUGGAUCUGCCACACAGUGUGACCUGUCAGAUCUGACCCCAGCCACAGAGUACUGCUGCAGGCUACAGGCGGUGAACCAGGCUGGAGCAGGACCUUACAGUGACCAGGCCAGUAUCAGAACCCCAGCCACACACCCAGACCCUGUGACCACCCUGUCCCUCCUGGACCUGCCCACCUGCCCCGAGACCGGGCACUUUCCCUCCACCUGCCUCUUCCUCAAGUGGGAGGAGCCUAACAGCAACGGGGCAGAAAUCACUUCCUACAUCGUAACCGUGGACGACCAGACCAUCACCGUGGAGUCGGGAACGAGUCACAUGGUCACAGGGCUGCAGCCAGGACACAGAGUACAGUGUGCUGAUCCAGGCGGUGAAUGCCAUUGGCUCCAGCCCCUGCAGUGCCCCCCUCGUGGUCCGGACACGCUCCCUCCAGCCCCGCCUCCUCUGGAGUGUGCCGCCGCGGGACCCCAGAGCCUAAAACUGAAAUGGGGCGAAAACAACAGCAACACGCACACUCGCGCCCUGCUCGCCGAUGACAUCGUCUACACGCUACAGAUGGAGGACAAGAACCACAGGUUCGUGACGAUCUACCGUGGGCCCAGUCACACGUACAAGGUGCAGAGACUGACUGAAUCCAGCUCCUACAGCUUCAGAAUACAGGCCGUGAGCGACGCCGGGGAGGGUCCCUUCUCUGAGACGCAUACUUUCUGUACCACCAAGUCUGUGCCCCCCGCCCUCAAAGCACCCAAAGUGCACCAGUUGGAGGGCAACACGUGUGAGGUCACAUGGGAGACUAUUCCACCAAUGAGAGGAGAUCCUGUGAGCUACGUGCUGCAGGUGCUGGUGGGCCGAGAGUCCGAGUAUAAACAGGUGUUCAAGGGAGAAGAAGGCUCGUUCCAGAUCUCCGGUCUCCAGGGCAACACAGACUACCGUUUCCGGGUGGGCGCAUGCCGUCGUUGCCAGGAUACGUCCCAGGAGCUGAGCGGCCCCCUAAGCCCCUCCUCCCUGUUCACCCUACGCCGCCAGGACACCCCCACAACGGGAGAGCUGUGUCCCGCGGAGACGGGCAAAGGGGCGGGGCUUAUCUCCAGCGACGAGCGUUUUGCGGCGCUAAUCGUGUGCGUGUUUGCGGGCUUCUCCAUCCUCAUCGCCUGCCUGCUACAAUACUUCUUCAUGAAGUGAGGGAAUUAUUUUUAAACUAUAGGAUAGAAAGAGAACGCAAAAUCACAAACUUUUUUAUGAAUGAACCGAAUGAAAUCAAAACACUUGAUGUACUUCUAAGGUUAUGUACUUUUUUUUUUUUAGACAAUGUACCGAUUCAGGCUUUCUUUGCCUUGUUACUGUCUCUGCUCCCACUUGGUCAUACUUUCUCUGUUGUCUUUGUUUUAUUGAUUUCUAUCGAGGGAAGCCAUUUUCUUAGCUGGACCUCGGUUUGGAAUCUGAUAAUCAAGCCUUAAAACUAGCUGUGAGCGACGCAGAAGCUCCUCAGACUGACUUGCAUGUUUUUAUGUUUUACCUUUUUACAUAUUCUAUUAGAGACAUGUAUAUUUUUGUUUCAGACUUCUUUGCCUUACAUUUUUUUAUGUUUAAUUUGCUGCAGUCUUUAUCCAGUCAGCCAUAUUCCAUGUUAGGUCUUUUUUCGGAGAGCUUUAGAUAUUUUCGAUAUUGUUCAUUUUGACACAACAGGCUCUCAGACACACACACAAACUACAACCAGCGACUGAUAGUGGACACUUUACAUUUCAUGCAAUGACAAUGACGAAACACAUACUUUUGAAGUCAAUCAUCAAAUCUCUAUGUAACACAAAUGUUCAGCUACCAAAGUGAUGCAAAUUCAUGUGUGGUGUAUGAUGCUGCUAUCCUGUGAUUUUUAUUAUAUCUAUAAAAUGGAAAACCAGUAAUCUAAUAUAUAGAUAUAUACACAAUAUAUUAAUAUAGCAAAUAUCUAUGAGCUAUAGAAGUGAUGUAUAUAAAGAGAUGGCGAUGUAAGGUCUAAAAGUACAGUGCAAAUGGGGGAAUGCUAGGUGCUCACGUACAGAACAAAAAGCAAAUCUGGUCUAGGAUCUGAUGGAUUUCUAAACUAUUGGGAGUUUGAUUAGACCCUUUAAAAGUUUCUAUUCAAAAAUGCAUUUGAAAUAAUGGAAUGGAGGCAACCGGAGCAAAAGUGAAGUCUAAUGUAAUGUGAUUUCAAUCGAGAAAUUGGGAUAAUUAAAAAAUAAGCAAUAAGUUACAUUAGAAUCUAGUAAGAAAACAGUGACUCAUGUAUUAUUGUUUAUUGUUUAGUGGAAUAUAAUAUUAUAAAAUGUGAAACCUCAAAAUAGUUUUGGCUAAUAAAAAACACUAAGUAACGUCAGAGCAUAGUAAGAAAACAGUUACC